AUAUUUAGUAUAAUAUUGAGUUGAGAAAACCUGUGCCGAAAUUACUCAAAUUCAAAGGACUAGAAAUCAGAGCUGUAAACCAAAUUAAAGCCAAUUUUAAAAAAAUGUUAACAAAUCAAUAAAAUACAAAGGAAAAGAGAAGAGAAGCCAUUUUAACUUUUAGUGGAUUUCAAUUCAAAUUUGAACGAAUUAAUUGAAUUUAUUUGUCAUUUCACUUUCUGUAAUCUAAGUUAUUGAUAAUUAUUUGCCAUGGAUGAAAAUAUAGAUGAUAAUGUAACCGUUUUGGCUAUAUUGGAUAAUGAGGCUUCACCUUACAAACAGAACAUAAGCAUCACGAAUUAUGACCAGUCACAUCAAAUAAAUCAAGAGGAAAUAGAAACUAGUGAGACAAGUAAACAAAAUAUAAUUUGGACGAAGAAUGCAACAUUAAUGUUACUGAAUUUGUAUGCAACAAAACUUAACAUGUUAGACAACCCAAAGAAGAAAUCCAAAAUGUGGAUAUCAAUGGCAGUGGAACUAAAAUCGUUUAACAUUGAGGUGACACCUGAUCAAGUCAGAUGGAAAAUCAAUGCCCUUACAAAAAAAUAUAAAGAUUGCAUUGAUAAUGGACAAGGAUCUACAGCAUUCAAGUACUUCAAUGAAAUGCAUCACUUUCUUGGCAGAUAUAAUGAAGACAGUGGAGCAUAUAGGUUAGCAUCAGGAGUAAUACAUGGUCAGGACACAGACAAAGACCAUAAUGCACCAAAUGGAAAAAUAUCUUAUAAAAACUCUACACCGUUCAGAAAAAUUAGAGCAGAACGCAAGUCUAAAGUUGAAUUGGAUAAACAAUGGAUUGAGUAUAUUAGAAAGCAAGAAGAACAAAAGAAAAUAAGAGAUGAGAGGUACGAAAGAUGUCUAAAGUUGAGAGAAGAAGAAUUACAACUAAAGAAGAAGGAAUUGGAAAUGAAACAGUCAAUAGCACUAAAAAAAUUACAGUUAAGAGAGAAAAUGCAGGAGGAUAUCCUUAAAAUUGAAAGGCAAAAAUGUGCUUUGUUAAGAAAAUUUUUAAAUGAUCGCAAUAAUUCAGAUGAUAUAAAAUCAUGUUACAUGGAUGAAUAAUUCCCCAUAUAUAUAUUACUGUAUCAGAAUUAAGAAACUGUGGCUGGGUCAAUGUUUGUGUAAUAAUUUAUUAAUAUUAAUUUAUAUAGUAUAUUAAUAGAUAAUAGAUGACAGUUCAUGUUGUAUAAAUUAUUAAAGCUUUGCGUGUAUAAUUUUGAUCAUAUAAAAUCAUGUUACAUGGAUGUAUAAUUCCUAUUAAAAUAUUACUGUAUUAGAAUUGAGAAACUGUGGCUGGGUCAAUGUUUGUGUUAUAAUUCCCCAUUUAAAUAUUCUGUAUCAGAAUUGAGAAAUUGUUGCUGGGUCAAUGUUUAUGUAUUAAUUUAUUAAUAUUAAAUUAUAUAGUAUAAUAAUAGAUGACAGUUCAUGUAUAAAUUAUUAAAGCUUUACAUGUAUAAUUUUGAUCCUAUAAAAUCAUGUUGCAUGGUAAAACAAAUUCACCAUUUAAAUAUUACUGUAAUAUCAGAAUUGAGAACGGGUCAAUGUUAGCUUCUGGAGCGAGCUCGGCUGGAUGGAAUAAAUCCAGCGGGAACCUACACCGAGGGACCCACGCACAACGGCCAAACACUUGGCUAAG